CUGUCAUCGCGUCGUGUCCACAUUUGUGACGGCGUCCAAACUUCCAAAGGUGGUCAAAGGUGUCCCCGUGAGGAAGUGAGGAAAGUGCUCGACUUGCAAAGUGAGAAUAACUGAGGCGUAGAGUCCCAUUGGAAAGGUCCAGAACUGGUGUUAGCAUCGUCAAGAAUCCGGCCGGUUAUAUACUCUCGUACGGAAGGUCUUCUUCAAUAACGUUUGUCGCUGUGUGUAAACCUUCAGUAUGGCGCAAUCUCCGCUACUUCACAUACCGACCAAGCGAACGGACGAGGUCGAGCUCUCGGGAGCUUUCAAAACCUACAUCGCGAACGUCUACCAAGAUGAUCCCGAAAAGUACGCAUCGGAGAUCGCCACAUUGUAUCGGCUUCGCCAAGACACUCGUGGCGCUGGAAAGGACAUCACUGGGCGAGAUAUUCUGUAUCGAUACUAUGGUCAGCUAGAGCUUCUGGAUCUUCGGUUUCCUGUUGACGAGAAACACGUCAAAAUCUUAUUCACAUGGUUUGAUGCAUUUACGCAGAAACCUAUCUCCCAAUACUCUAUCGCAUAUGAGAAGGCCUGCACCAUCUUCAACAUCGCAGCAACAUGUUCCUCGAUUGGUGCCCUUCAAAAUCGAUUUGAGGCUUCAGGGCUGAAGAUGGCAUUCAACUAUUUCCAAGCUGCCGCAGGCUUAUUCCUGUACAUCAAUGACAACUUCCUACACGCGCCAUCUGUCGAUCUUUCACGCGACUCUAUCAAAACACUGGUUGAUCUGAUGCUUGGGCAGGCCCAAGAGUGUUUCAUGGAAAAGGUGCUCCUUGAGAAAAAGAAAGGUGCACUAGUCGCCAAAUUGGCGGCCCAGGCAUCGCACGUGUAUCAGAGUGUCGCGGACGGGAUUAUGAGUGAAAGCAUCCGAGGUCAAUUCGAUCGUGCAUGGGUCGAGUUGGUGAAGGUCAAAGUAAAGUACUUUCAAUCCCUGGCGCUCUAUCACAAGUCGAUACAAGCGGAAUCCGAUACCAAAUACGGAGACUCCGUGGCUUACUUGACGUCGGCCGAGGCGGUUGCAAAGGAAGCCAUGAAGAUGGCCACAGCCUUCUCAGGGUCGUUCCCUUCCUUCACGACAUCCACCAUCACCAACACAUCCUCAGGCGGAGGUUCGUCCGGACACACGACUGCCGCUGCGGCCGCACUUCUGGAAGCCACCAAGACGAACCUGAAUGUGAUCAGUGAAAAGAAAGCGGUGGCUAUCAAAGACAACGAUAUGAUCUAUCAUGAAUCCGUUCCCAAAGUUGAGACUCUGCCUCCCGUCGAAAAGCUCAACGCUGUCAAACCUACUAGCUUUGCCGACAUCUGCGCCAACGGUCAAGCUGAUAUUCCCAAAAUCAUUGGUCCGGAUAUCUUUCAAAAGUUGGUGCCGCUGUCGGUCCACGAGUCUGCAUCUAUGUACUCCGAAGAGAAGGCAAAAGUUCUGCGUAGUGAACAGGAAAGGGUGGAAUCUGCCAAUGAAGAGCUUCAGGCCACACUAGAGUCGUUGAACCUUGUCCCAAUCUUGGAGAAACUCAAACGACUGGCCAAAUCGCCCGGCGCGCAACCCGAAUCCUUGGCGGUUCCCGACGAAGUCUUGUUCUGGAACAAGACAAUACAGGGAACAGAGCUUGGGAAUUCCAGUACGGAUGAGCUGCUUAUGACGAUUGAUGGAGCAAAGCGACGGGUCCGGGAGAUGCUGGAUGAGUCGGGCCUUCUACUUGACAAGGAGCAACAUGAAUGCGAAGCCAUGCGGGUGAAGUACGGUGAUCUUUGGACUCAAGAACCCUCGGCGCACCGUACUGGAAAGAUGCGGGACGAUCUCCGACACCAUCGCGAGUCAUUAGAGAAGGCGGCUGGGACGGAUACACUGCUCUUGUCCGGAUUAGACCAGUCAAAGCAGAUCGUCGACGUCCUUCGGAGACCCAGUGACGACGUGCAGACGUGCUUUGUGGAUCAGUUGAUCUCGAUGGGCCCUUCGAAAGCGGGCCAGAAAGUGGGAAAUCUGAUCGAUGGUGCCGAUAGCGAUGGUGCCGGACUGGGCGUUCUCGAUGAGCAAGUUCUGAUUCAGAAGGUGGAUGGACUUCUUUCGAGACUGCGAGGCUUGAAGAGGGAUCGCGAGGGUAUCGUGGUUGAGCUGAAGACAAAGCUCCACGAAGAUGACAUUUCGUCCUUGUUGCUGCUCAACAAAAACAAGGAGAGCCAGGUGUUCCAAACCGAGCUUUCAAAGUUCAAACCGUUGCAGGGAAGACUAAGUGCAAACCUGCAAACGCACUCGCAGUUCUUGAGAGAUCUGGCAACAGACUUCUCCAAGCUCGAACAAUCAUCCCAGUCGAUAAAGAAUCUGGAUUUGAUCGACAAACACAGGAGCUCGUUGGUCAAGGAAUGGGGUCGGGCCUACGAGCAAUGGAAAGAGGCCCACGAUGGGUUGAAGAGAGGUGUCGAAUUUUACACGAGCCUGUCAAACCUUGUGGAAACAUUGCGAUCGUCGGUGCUGGAUUUCGUGCGUCGCAGAGACGAGGAGCGGGUGCAACUGGCGAAACGAGUGGAGGAGCUUGACGCUGAGCGACGACAGCGCACCUUGCGGGAGCAAUUGCAAAAGCUCAACGUUGGCCUGCCUCCCACGCCUACAGCCGGUCCAGGGCCUAUGUCGCCUGGGCCGAUGUCUCCGCCUCCUCAGCAACAAUUUCCGCCGCCAUUGCCAGCAGGUGCUUCUUACCAUUCGCCGGUAUCGGCGCCCCCUUCUCAGCAAGCACCACAACCUGUCGUACCCCCAAACUGGCAACAAGGACCCCAGAGUCCUCCAUCCGGGCCUGGAAGUUACCCGCCCAAUGCUCACCAGCAGUUUCCUUCCAGUCCUCCAAGUGUUGCCGGACGUGGUGAUGUUCAACCGUUUGCACCGCCGCCACCGUCCCCACAUCCAAGUAGUACGUCGCCCACCGGCUACUUCUCAGGACAUCAGCGAUCUGCGCCGCCAAAUGUGCAGUACACGAACCCAGUUUCCCAGCCCGGAUAUCAAGGACCGACUCCGUACCAGACCAACGCACCGCAGCCAGGACCCUCGUCUGCUCCUCCGGGACAAGUAUCAUAUCAAACGGCGCCACCGCAGGCAUUGCAUGGACAAGUCUCUCAGGCCCAGGGAUACUACCAGGCCGCCUCCCCCAGUGGACCGACGGCGGGUGGAUAUCAUCAGCCGCACCAGGCAGGGCCUGGAUAUCCGCCUCAAAGUCAGCCGGGACCCGCACCAGGCCCACAGUCGUACCAACCUCCGCAAGCUGCUUCGCAGUACCAGCCAGCUCAGCAGUAUUCGAGGCCGCCUCCCUCUUACGGCGCCCCUGCGCCUGCUCCUGUCUCUAACCCUCCGCCUGGACCUUCGUACCGGCCGACAAGUCAUCCUGGAUACGCACCAGUGUCCGCAGCGCCGUCCAUUCCUCCGAAGGUGUAUCAGGAGCCUCCACGGCCUAGUACGGUGCCACAAGGCGGUGCGCAAGGGUAUAGCGCUCCUCCGAUUCCACCCAAACCUGGCUACGCUCAACCAGGAUAUGGUGGGGCUGCGCAGUAUUCUCAGCCGCCGCAACAUCCGGGAUAUGUGUCGCAAGCUGGCGGUGCGCCAUAUGGUCAACCUCCGGCGGCAGGGCAUCCUGGUGGGUACGCGCAUGCCGCGCCCCCGAGUCAGUAUCAGCAACCAGGCUAUGGCAACCCACCUCCGCAGCCACAACCUGGGCAGAGUUACUACCAUAGUCAACCUUAUCAGCAGCCUCCUGCUGGACAAAUUCAACAACCGCCUGCUCAACCCAAUCCCUAUCAAGGCCAGCAAACUCAACAAUAUCAGCCGAGGCCUCAACAGGCUCCUGGACCCCUACAACACGCUUCCCAACCCCAACAUGCUCCCCAGCCGCAACAUCCCGGCGGUGCUCCUCCACCGCGACAGCAGUAUGCCCAGGCCUAUGAACAGCCCUACGGUUCGCAGCCGCAGUACGCACAGCCCCCCCAGCAGGGUCCUUCAGGCCAAGUACCGUACGGAGGAGCACCUUCAGCGCAGUACGGAGCUUCUGACCAGCAGCAACAACAAUACCAACAACCGCAGUACCAACAACAACAGCAGUAUCCGCAGCAGCCAUACCAACAACCUCUACAGCCUCAGCAGGCGCCGCAGCCGCCGGCGGGGCAAUGGCCGCAGCAAAGAGCGAACUCGUUGCUGGAUUGAGGUGAUCGAUCUGGGCGGAACUUUUGCGUAAUUUGUUUUUCCGCCACAGCGUUUUGCGUGUUAGGUAGUGUCGCGCGAAAAAAAGGGCUGCGGUGUCCCAGCUUUUGCUACCCUUCAUUUUUUUUUGAUUUGUAUAGUAGCGCUAUAUUGCUGCAACAGAAUCUUUCCCGAGAGCUUUCUCUACCAAU